AUGGCAGAAACGGUUCUUGUCUUCGGCGCAUCCGGAAACAUCGGAGUAUCUGCCGUUAUCGGUGCCCUCCAUGCUAAGCGCAAAGUCAUUGCUGUUGUUCGUAAUCAGACAAGCGCCGAGAAGAUAUUCGACUACGUUGGAACCCGCGAUGGAAUCACGAUUGCCGAAGCGGACAUCACAUCUGAGGACUCUGUUAGAGUUAUCGUUGAUCAAGUUCGCGCCGGCAAGCUGCCGCCGUUUCAGCAUGUUUUUGCGUCUCCGGGUGGUCUUUAUUGGGAGACUAGCCUGGUUGCUCUCGAGACUUCUGCUCUUCUUCAGAUUAUGAAGAUCAAUUUUGAAACUUAUCUAUACACCAACAUACGAUUCAACGAGAUCUACCUAUCCUAUCGAGUUCAGCACCACGUUAACUUGGAAGACAAAAAACAGUUCCUCGGCCUGGCGCAUCUUCAGACUUCGAGGGAGUUCGCCCCACUCUACCAGCAACUGUUGGACAGAACGGACAUUAGGAGCAAGAGGGUCAAUGCUAUCAACCCUGAAGACGUGGUUGAUUUGAAGUACGAAACUCGUUAUCGAGACUUCUGA